UUGAGUAUUUUCUCAAUUAGUGACAGUAUAAGUUCCAUAUUUUUAAAACCUAGACUAGAAGACCACAUUUUCUCAUCAACCUAAAGGAAUAAUGUUACACCGCAAACAAAUCCCAACCAUCAAUUCCUUCCUUCGACUAUUCACAACCGUUAAUCAUCCCACCCCUUUCGAAUUCAAUUUUUCCCUCCAAAGGCUGCGCGUGCAUCCCACACACCAUCACUUAGAACAACUCCUCUCUUCUUUCUUCGCUAUUCCAACACCUCUUUCUUCACAAACAUACGCCACGCUAUUCCACGCGUGUGCUCGCCUCAAUCGCCUCGAUAUUGGCAAAAAACUCCACCACCACAUGCUUUCCCAUGACGUAAUUACAGCAACAACAGCAUAUCCAGUAAAAUCCCAUAAAGUGGUGUCUGGGGAUAGUUAUGUGUACAUAGACUUUACCCCUACUUUGGGAGGUAGACAGACAACUAAAGAACUUUACGCGAUUAAUCAUCUUGUUAACAUGUACGCGAAAUGUGGUGAUCUUGAAUGUGCUCAUCAUCUGUUUGAUGAAAUGCCUGAAAGAAACGUUGUUUCUUGGACUUCUCUUAUUUCGGGCUACGCUCAAUAUGGAAAGAUUGAUCGAUGUUUUCGCUUGUUUUCCAACAUGUUAGAUCAUUGUAGGCCUAAUGAUUUUUCUUAUGCUAGUGUUCUUUCUGUGUGUGAUGGAUCGCGUGGUAAGCAAGUGCAUGCACUUGCGAUUAAAACAGGUUUUGAUACGUGUGUUUAUGUGGGUAAUGCUUUGAUUGCAAUGUACUCGAGAAAUAGUUCAAUGGGUGGUAACCAUAGUGAGGCUUGGAAGGUUUUCAAUGAUAUGGAAUUCCAUAAUCUUGUUUCGUGGAAUACGAUAAUAGCAUUGUUUCAAAUGUGUGGACAAGGUGAUAAGGCGAUGAGGUUUUUCUCCGUAAUGCAUCGUGAUGGUUUGGGGUUUGAUUGUGCCACUCUUGUCAGUGUACUUUGUUCUCUCUUAGGAAUGGAUGAAAUUGAUUUUUCCUGGGGUCUUCAAAGUUGCUUCCAGUUGCAUUGUGUUACUGUGAAAACCGGGCUUAUACUAGAUGUUGGGAUUGUUACUGCUUUGGUGAAAGCUUAUUCAAUUCUUCGAGGAGAGGUUAGUGAUUGUUAUAAAUUAUUUCUGGAAACAAAUGGAUGUCAAGAUCUCGUGUUGUGGACUGAAAUAAUUGUGGCGUUUUCAGAAAGAGAUCCUGAGAAAGCUAUUCUCCUUUUUGGUCAGUUGCACCGGGAGGGGUUAAGUCUAGAUAGUUAUGCUUUUUCUAUUGCACUGAAAGCUUGUGCAGGACUCGUGACAGAUAGAAAUGCCUUGAUGGUGCACUGUGAAGUGAUUAAAUCUGGUUUUGUGGAUGCUGUAGUGCUUGGAAAUGCAUUAAUUCAUGCAUAUGCAAGGUGUGGCUCAAUAUCUCAGGCCAACCAGGUUUUCAAGGAGAUGAGAUAUAGAGAUAUUGUGUCAUGGAAUUCGAUGUUGAAGGCUUAUGCAUUGCAUGGCAAAGCAAAUGAAGCAUUGGGUCUUUUUGGUAAAAUGGAUGUGAAACCUGAUGCGACCACUUUUGUUGCUCUGCUCUCAGCUUGCAGCCAUGCUGGAAUGGUGGAAGAAGGGAUUCAAAUUUUCGAUUCUAUGUUUGAAAAACACGGUAUUGUUCCUCAACUCGAUCAUUAUGCAUGUAUAGUUGAUAUUGUUGGCCGAGCAGGUCAUAUUUUUCAAGCGGAGAAAAUAAUAAAAGAAAUGCCGAUGCAACCAGAUUAUGUGGUGUGGAGUGCAUUUCUUGGAGCAUGCCGCAAACAUCGUGAAUCUGGGCUGGCCCAAAUAGCUGCAUCUAGGUUGAAGGAUUUAGAUCCAGGAAAUUCAUUAGGAUAUGUACUCAUGUCAAAUGUGUACUGCUCAGCCCAUAGCUUCGAUGAAGCAGGUCAUCUUAGGAAGCAAAUGAGAAGGCUUGGUGUUACGAAGCAGCCCGGAUUGAGCUGGACAGAAGUUGGGGGAUUGGUGCAUGAGUUUGCUUCUGGAGGCCUGCAACAUCCAGACAGGAAAGCUAUAUAUACUAAGCUGGAGGACUUUGUGAAAGAACUGAAACAUAUUGGUUACAUUCCCGAGAUAACUUCAUCUUUACAUGACAUUGAAGAAGAACAGAAAGAAGAGCAAUUAUAUUAUCACAGUGAGAAGCUUGCACUGAUAUAUGCUUUACUAGAUGCUAGUAGAUCUCCUUCCAGCUGCUGUGCCAUUAAGAUUAUAAAGAACAUCCGUAUUUGUUUGGACUGCCACAACUUUAUGAAGUUAUCAUCAAAGCUAAUAGAGAGGGAGAUUGUUGUGAGAGAUUCAAACCGUUUCCAUCAUUUUAAGAAUGGGGCCUGCUCUUGCAAUGAUUAUUGGUAGACUCA